AUGCCUUUUCUCUAUCGUCUUCAUUCAAAACAUACAUUAUCAACUACACAACUUUACCAUGCACUUCAACUUAUUGUUAAAAAACAUCAAUCACUUCAAACAUCAAUUAUUUUCGAUAAUGAAACAAAUAAACUUAUACAACGAAUUAUUGAUAUCAAUGAUCAUACUAGAAAAUCAUUUACAUUUAUUGAAAGUACUUUCGAAACAGAUGAACAACUUCAUACUAUUAUGUACGAUGAGAAAUACAAUUCUCAACUUUUUCAUCUUGAUCAAGGUCUUGUCUUUCGAUGUCACAUUCUCUAUUAUAAAAAAAUUUCUUCAAAUAAUCUUCUUUGUGAUAAAGAUAGAAUUAUUUUUAAUUUUCAUCAUGUUUUAUUUGAUUUUCUAUCAAUGAAAAUAUUUCUUCAUGAUCUCAAUCAAGCAUAUAUAUCAAAUCAGCUACCUAUCAAUCAAAAUACUGAUCUACGUUAUCUUGAUUAUGCUCUUAUUGAACAACAGAUGCCAAUGACUAGUGCAAGUAUGUUUUGGCUUGAUACUCUUCGUGAUUGUAACCUUGAUCGAUCUUUAUCAUUACCCUAUGAUCGACAUCGUCUAUCAAAUGAACAUCGAAGUGGUCGUGGAACAUCGAUAUCAUUUGAUUUUGGUCAGGAUCUUUCAUUUGAUUUUGUUAACUAUGCAUUAACAAACAAUAUAGAACUUCAACAUCUAGCACUUGCUGCUUAUUAUACAUUUUUAUUUAAAUUAUCUAGUGGAGAACGAGAUAUAUGUAUUGGAAUGAAUACACAUACUAGAUAUAAAGGUGAAUUCAAAUCAAUAAUUGGAUCAUAUGAAAAUCUUAUUCCAUUACGAUGUCAAUUAGAUCGUUAUGGUUCAUUUCAUCAACUAGUUGAAUAUGUUCAAGGAAUGGCAACAAAUGGUAUGAAAUAUUCAUAUUUUCCUUUUCAACAUAUUCUUGCACAACAUUCUGAUUGUUCAAAGCCUACAUUUCUUGAUAUAUCUUUUGAUUUUGUUACUAUUGAGAAGAAAAUAAUGAUUGGUGAUAGUGAACUUUGUAGUCUUCCAUUAUCAAUUACAAUGGAUGAAGAUGAAGAUGUGAGCAAGUUUGAUUUCAUUCUUACUAUUCAAUAUGAUCUCAACAUAAAUCAAUUCUCAUGUAUGAUUAAUGCGUCACUCGAUUUAUUCAAUCAAGAGGCAAUAAAUAAGAUUUCACAACAAUUUCAUUCAAUAUUAUAUGAUCUCUUUACAUCUGUCAAUGACAUAAUGAAGAAUAAAUCAAUCUAUGAAAUAUCAAUAAUGUUAUCAAAUGAAAGAUUACUUAUACAAUCAAUGAACAAUACACAAGUAUUGUUUUCUUCUGCCACUUGUAUGCAUCAUGAAUUUAUUUAUCAAGUAAUACAACAUCCACAAAAAAUAGCUGUUGAACUUGAUGAACAAUCAUUGACAUAUACAGAACUUUUAUAUUAUGUUCAACAACUUUCUCUCGUCUUAUUAAAUAAAUACAAUGUGAAAUCGGGUGAUAUUAUUUGUCAAUGUGUAGAGCGAAGUUUAUCUAUGGUCAUUGGCAUUUUAUCAAUUAUUAUGGCUGGUGGUGCCUAUUGUCCUUUAUCAUCACAAGAUCCUUCACAACGUCUACAAAUUCUUGUGAAAGAAACUCGAAGUCAUUUAGUUCUUGUUCAUUCGUCUACACGCAUUCUUUUUGAAAUCGAUAUUGUAACUUUAAAUAUUGAUACAAUUAUAAAUAAUGAAGCAAAUUCUACUAGCAUUCAUCUGACUCAAAUGUCAGAUGUACCAAUAACAUCAGAAAAUAUUCUCUUUGUAAUUUUUACUAGUGGAUCAACUGGUAUUCCGAAAGCGUUAUGUCUGAUUAAUAUCUCAUUAUUAAUUUCAGCACCAGCAUCAUAUGCACAAGCUCGCAUUUUGUCCGAUGAACGAGUUCGAUUUGAUCCAGACAAGCCUCAAGUAGCAAUCUAUAAUAUGCCUUUUCUCUACUGUCUUACUAAAGGACAUAUUUUAUCAAUACAACAACUUCGACAGGCUCUUCAGCUAAUUGUUAAAAAACAUCAAUCAUUUCGUACAUUACUUAACUUUGAUGCAGAAAAGAAUUCAUUUAUGCAACGAAUUGCUGGCAUCGAUGACGAUAAUUAUAUAUUAUAUACAUUCAUCAAACACACUUACGAAACACAAGAGCAACUCAAUGAUAUAAUGCAUGAAGAAAAAUAUAAUCCUCGACUUUUAGAUCUUGCAAAGGGCCCCGUUUUUCAAUGCCAUCUUGUUUAUUAUAAACAAAUCUCUUCAAAUGAUUUACUUUCUGAUCAAGAUGUACUCAUUUUCAAUUUUCAUCAUGCUUUAUUUGAUUAUCCAUCAAUGAAUAUCUUUCUUCAUGAUCUCAAUCAAGCAUAUACAACAGGUCAAUUAUUAUAUGAUGACAACACUCAUCUACGUUAUCUCGAUUACGCUGUUAUUGAACAACAAAUGUCAAUGACUGGUGCAAGUAUGUUUUGGCUUGAUGCUCUUCAUGAUUGUAAACUCGAUCAACCAUUAUCGUUACCAUCUGAUCGAUAUCGUCUCUCAAAUGAACAUCGAACUGGUCGUGGAAUAUCCAUUUCUUUUGAUUUUGGUCAAGAUCUAUCACAUCACUUUCUGAUCCAUGCAUCAUUAAACAACAUCUCACUUGAACAUCUCACAUUUGCUGUUUAUUUCAUCUUUCUAUUCAAAUUAACCAAUGGACAAUCAGAUCUAUGUCUAGCUAUGAAUAUUAAUAAUAAUCGAUACAGAGAUGUACUCAAAUCAAUCAUUGGAUUGUUUGAGAAUAUCAUUCCUUUACGAUGUCAAUUAGAUCCACAUUGGUGUUUUCAUCAAGUACUCGAACAUGUUCAAGAGAUAACAACAAAGAGUAUGAAGUAUUCAUAUUUUCCACUUCAACGUAUUCUCAAUCAACAUCCACAUAUUUCAAAACAUGCAUUUUUGGAUACAUCUUUGGAAUUCAUAUCAUACAAGAGCAACAACGACAACAAUGCAGUUAUGAUUGGUGAUUCUCAACUUGUGCCAGCAUCUUUCUCAUGCCAUAUCAAUGAAGAUGAGAUAUUAAGUAUAUCCGACUUCUCUCUUUCUAUUUAUCAUGAUUCCAAUCUAAAUGAAUUAUCAUGUACAAUCAAUGCGUCACUUGACUUAUUCAAUCGAGAAACGGUAGAGAAGAUUUCACAACGAUUUCAUUUCAUCUUGAAUCAACUAUCUGCAUCUAUUAUCGACAGUCAAAUAAACAAACCAAUCUACGAAUUAUCAAUAUUAUUAUCAAAUGAACGAUAUUUAAUGCAGUCACUGAAUAAUACGCAAAUAUCAUUUUCAUCAUCUCCUCUUACUUGUAUUCAUCAUGAAUUUGUAUAUCAAGUACUGAAACAUCCACAAAAACUAGCUGUUGAACUGGAUGAACAAUCUUUGACAUAUGCUGAGCUUUUUGCUUAUGCCAAGAUGAUAGCUGUCCAUCUUUUAGAUCAAUAUGGUAUCAUCCCAAGUGACGUUAUCUCGCAAUGUGUGGAACGAAGUCUAUCUAUGGUCAUUGGUAUUAUAGCAAUUGAGAUGGCUGGUGGUGUAUAUUUUCCACUGUCAUUUCGGAAUCCAGAAAGUCGUUUGCGUAUGCUUUUGCAACAAACACAAAGUCGUCUUGUUCUUUCUCAUUAUGUGACAAGAAAUAAAUUUAAUGAUACUAUCACUAUAUUAGACAUUGAUUCUAUACUGAUCAAUAAUAAUUUAUUUCAACAUUUUAAUAUUGAUCAAUUAUCAUCCGUUCAUGUGACUAUCGAUAGCAUAGCCUACAUUAUAUUUACAAGUGGUUCGACAGGAAUGCCGAAAGGGGUUCGAGUUCGACAUAGAAAUUUUAUUCAAUGUAUCUAUUCUUUAAUGUGUAUUGAUUCAUUUACUAACAAUGAUACAGUGAUUCAAAUGGCAAGGUGUUCAUUUGACAAUCAUGUUCAAGAAAUUAUUGGUUCAUUGAUAAUUGGAGCUACAAUAAUCAUGCUGCAUCCAAGAGGAACUGUUGAAUUGAACUAUCUUGCUGAAAUUAUGAAAAACAAACAAGUUACUUAUAUGCACUCUGUACCAAGUUUACUUCGCAACCUUUUUACUUUUCUUAAACAGAAUAAUUAUUUACAUUUCAUAAAAUAUCUUAGAUCACUUUGUACUAUCGGUGAGCCAUGUUCUAUGAAAUUAGUCAAUUUAAUACUCAAUGAUCCUACACAAUAUUUUAUCUUUUGGAAUUGGUAUGGUUUAACAGAAACUACGGUUACUUGCACUUUUUAUCCCGUAGACAUUAAAGUUAAUGCAGAGAGUAUUUCAAUAGGACGUCCAUUGCCUAAUUAUCGAUAUUUGCUAUUGAAUAAUUUCUUACAGUUUGUCGUUAUUAAUCAAGAAGGCGAAUUAUUUAUAGGAGGCGUAGGUGUUUUCGCUGGUUAUCUUGAACGUGAUGAUUUGACAAAUAGAGCACUCAUAGAAGUCGAUGGCGAAUUAUUCUAUCGAACAGGUGAUCUUAUUAGAAUGGAUCAUAACGGACUUCUUUAUUGUAACGGUCGAAAAGAUUUUCAAAUUAAAUUACAUGGACAACGAAUUGAACUUGGUGAAAUCGAACGAUGUUUACUUAACAUCACAUCUAUAUCUGCUUGUAUUGUCAUGAAAUGGAAGGAUGAUUAUUUAGUUGCAUAUGUUCAAUCAUCUCAUGUGAAUGAAGAAGAACUACGUCAACAUUGUCAAUCUCAUCUUCCACCACAUAUGAUUCCAUCAAUAUUUAUUAUACUUGAGAAGCUACCUUUGAAUCCAAAUGGAAAAGUAGACAGAAAGCAACUUCCUUCACCUGACUUUUCUUCAUCGACUUUGUUAUCUUCCGAUAAAUCUGAUACCCUUCUUAAUCAGUUCGAAGAACAUAUACACACUAUUUGGUGUCACGUUCUUCAUUGUAAUGACAAUCACAUUUCUAGAACUACCAGUUUUUUUAGUAUUGGUGGUCAUUCACUGUUAUUUAUUCAACUUUAUCAUCAUUAUCAAUCAGUAUUUAACUUUGAUGCGCAUACACUUUCGAUUACGCCAUUUCUUCAACAACCAACUAUAUUUCAACAUUCACAGUUACUUCAAGCAGUUAGUAUGAAUAGUAUUCAGACAACACAAUGGCAUACGUUACAUAUAAAUGAAGGUAUCGCCUCUUUUGCUCAAGAACGUAUCUUUCUUGAUCAACAAGUUCGUUUUUCGAGUGAUAUUGCUAUCUAUAAUGAAUUGUCGACUUUACAAGUUGUUCAAGGAUCAUUAUCAUUAAAUCGUUUAUUACAAGCAUUUCGAUAUGUUCUGAAUAAACAUAAAAUAUUACGUACAUCUCUUAUAUUUAACAAUAAUGAUGGUACUCUGAAGCAAUGCAUCACAGAUAUACAUAAAACAUUCACAAUAACUAUGAAUCAAACAUUUGGAAAUGACAAUGAACUUCGAGAUAUUAUUUAUCAAACAACUAUUAAUCCUAAUCUCUUCGAUUUAUCAACUGGUCGUGUUUUUCAUGCUGAAAUUCUGCGACAUCAGAUAUCAUUAAAUGGAAACAAUAGUAAAGAGUUCAUAACUAAUUCUGAUGUUCUCCUCAUUGCUUUUCAUCAUGUUGCAUCUGACCGAGCAAGUUUUCCGAUCUUUUUCAAUGAUCUAUGUUUCGCUUAUAAUACUAAUGCAAUAUCAAUAGAAGACGAUGAUGAAUCAUUGCAAUAUACUGAUUACAGUAUUCAUGAACGUCUAAUUGAUAUGAUAACAUCUCGUGAAUUUUGGGAUUUACAAUUAGAAGGAUACAGUUUCGACUCUCGAUUAUCAUUACCAGUUGAUCGACAUCGUUUGUCUAAUGACCAUCGAUCAAGUUCUGCUUCUGUCACUCAAAUUUCUUUUGACAACGAGAUUUCACAAUCAUUUUUUGAUUAUGCUUCUAUACAUCAUGUGACACCAUUUCAGUUAGGCCUAACUAUGUUAUAUGCUUUUCUUUUCAAGUUGACUCAUGGUGAAAAUGAUAUAUGCAUUUCUUGUCUGAAUGCUAAUCGACACAAAACUGAACUGCAGAAUAUAAUAGGAAUGUUUGUUUCAAUAUUGCCCUAUCGUAUUCAACUCAAUCCUCAUUGGUCAUUUGAUGAACUUGUUGAAUAUGUACGAGAGAAAUGUUUAUCAAUUCUUGAACAUUCACAUUAUCCAUUACAGCAUAUUCUUGCUAGUUCACAUAUUAAUCAACCAAAUAUUUCAUUUCUUGAAACGAUGUAUGACUUCAUUACUAUAUCAUCACAAAGCGAUGAAUUAUCUUUAGAUGGAACAAGAUUCAAACAAGUGUCCUUUGAGCAAUCGUUUGAAGUGGCUAAGUUUGAUUUUAUGUUAAUGUUUGUCUAUAAUCCAACAUUGGAAAAUAAUAGAUUAUCAUUUCAUUUAACUUGUUCACAUGAUUUAUUUGAUGAGAUUACAGUUACAAAUAUAGGUCGAAGAUUAGAAUACUGUUUUCUACAACUUUUUUCAUUCAAUCAAACUAUCACUCGAAUUGAUACAUGUUUUACAUGUAUAUCGAAAAUUAAUCUUAUUCUACCAGAAGAAACUCAAGAAAUGGAAAAUAUUAUGUUUUGUCGACAAUCGCAUAUUAUAAACGAAGCACCAACAUCAUUUGCACAAAUUCGACUAUGGCAUAAUGAAUGUGUUCAUUUCACUCCUCACAUAUCACAAAUACCAAUCUACAACAUGCCUUUUGUUUAUUCUCUCGACUCGCACCAUACUUUAUCGGUACAACAUCUUCGUCAAGCUCUUCAACUAAUAGUCACAAAACAUCAAUCUCUUCGAACAUCACUCAUAUUUUAUGCAGAAAACAAGCGACACUUGCAACGAAUUAUUGAUAUGAACGAUAAUAAUGGUCAACUAUUUACAUUUAUUGAAAACACUUACGAAACACAAGAACAACUCAAUGAUAUCAUACAUAAAGAAAAAUGUAAUCCUCAAUUUUUUGAUGCUGCUCAAGGUCUUGUCUUUCGAUGUCAUCUUGUUUAUUACAAACAAAUCUCUUCAAAUCAUCUUCUUUCUCACAAAGACCUAAUUAUCUUCAAUUUUCAUCAUGCUUUGUUUGAUUUUCCAUCAAUGAAUAUAUUUCUUCGUGAUCUCAAUCAAGCAUAUACAACAGGUCAAUUAUUGUACGAUGACACCACUAAUCUUCGUUAUCUUGAUUAUGCUGUUAUUGAACAAAAAAUGUCAAUGACUGAUGCAAGUAUGUUUUGGUUUGAUGCUCUUCAUGAUUGUAAACUCGAUCAACCUUUAUCAUUACCAUUUGAUCGGUAUCGUCUCUCCAUGGAACAUCUCACUGGUCGGAGAACAUCUCUUUCUUUUGAUUUUGGUCAAGAUCUCUCACAUGACAUUCUCAUUCAUGCAUCAUCAAAUAGCACAUCACUUGAACAUCUCACAUUUGCUAUUUAUUUCAUCUUUCUAUUUAAGUUAACUAAUGGACAAACAAAUUUAUGUAUUGCUAUGAACAUCAAUAAUAAUCGAUAUAGAGAUGAACUCAAAUCAAUCAUUGGACUGUUUGAGAAUGUCAUUCCAUUACGAUGCAAAUUGGAACCUCAUUGGUGUUUUCAUCAAUUACUCAAACAUGUUCAAGAGAUAACAACAUAUAGUAUGAAAUAUUCAUAUUUUCCACUUCAACAUAUUCUCAAUCAACAUCCACUUAUUUCUAAACAUGCAUUUUUGGACACCUCUCUAGAAUUUAUAUCAUACAAGAAUAAUAAUAUAGUUAUGAUUGGUGAUUCUCAAAUAAUUCCAGCAUCUUCUUCAUUCAAUAUCAAUGAAGAUGAAAUACUAAGUGUAUCCGACUUCUCUCUUUCUAUUUGUCAUGAUUUGAACAUCAAUCAACUGUCAUGCACAAUCAAUGCAUCACUUGACUUGUUCAAUAGAAACACAGUGGAGAAGAUUUCACAACGAUUUCAUUUCAUCUUACAUCAAUUAUCUACAUCUAUUAUCGACAGCCAAAUAAACAAGCCCAUCUAUGAAUUAUCAUUAGUGUUAUCAAAUGAACGAUAUUUAAUGCAAUCAAUAAAUAAUAUGCAAAUAUCAUUUUCAUCUCCACUCACUUGUAUUCAUCAUGAAUUUGUAUAUCAAGUAAUGAAACAUCCACAAAAACUAGCUGUUGAACUAGACGAACAAUCAUUGACAUAUUGUGAACUUCUAUAUUAUGUACAAAUAUUAUCUUUCACUCUUCUCAAUGAAUAUCAUGUUCUUCCAGGUGAAAUAGUUUGUCAAUGUGUUGAGCGAAGUUUGUCAAUGGUGAUUGGUAUUAUGGGAAUUGAAAUGGCUGGUGGUGUCUAUUGUCCAUUGUCACCUCGAGAUCCACAACAUCGUUUGUAUGCACUCACACAACAAACACGAAGUCGUUUUGUCCUUGCUGAUUAUGGGACAAAAACGAAAUUUAGUGAUGACAUUAGCUCAUUUAUUAUCGAUUUGAUUCUAGGGAACCAAAGUAGAGAAUAUAUUGUUGAUGUGGACCGAUUGUCUGAUAUUGUAGUAACAUCAGAGAAUAUUGCCUACAUUGUUUUUACAAGUGGAUCCACUGGAAUACCCAAAGGAGUACAAAUUCGCCAUCGAAAUCUGAUGGCAUGUAUUAAGUCUCUAGUUUAUAUAAAGUUGUUCUCAAACAAAAAUAAUAUGAUACAAAUGGCAAGUUGUUCGUAUGAUGUACAUGUUCAAGAAAUUAUAGGAGCAUUGACUGUUGGUGCUAGCAUUAUAAUGCUUCAUUCCGAAGGAAAUAUGGAUAUUGAAUACGUGAUCAAGGUGUUAAAUGAAAAAGAAAUUUCAUAUCUACAAAGUGUUCCAGCAUAUGUUAACAAUAUGUCAGAGUAUGUAGAAAAGAAUAAAGUUUCAAAUUUGAGCACUUUACGUUCUGUUGAUAUUGGUGGAGAAAAAAGCACAGUUGAACUUAUUGAUAAGUUGUAUACCUAUUUGCCACAAGAUUGUUCUGUAUGGAACACCUAUGGACCUGCAGAAACAACUGUCGAUUGCACAGGUUAUGUUAUAGGUAGAGAUUUGAAUAUGAUCAAUAUCCCAAUUGGAGGCCCGCUACCCAGUUAUCGAUGUAUGAUUAUGAAUCAGUAUUUACAAUCAUCUAUCACCGCUCAAGAAGGUGAACUGUUUGUAGGAGGAGUGGGUGUAUUUGCUGGUUAUCUUGAACGUGAUGAUUUGACUGCAAAAGCUCUUCUUGAAAUAGAUGGUCAACUAUUUUAUCGAACAGGUGAUCUUGUUACAAUGGACAACGGUGGUCUUCUUCAUUAUCAAGGAAGAAAAGAUCAUCAGGUGAAAUUACAUGGACAACGAAUCGAACUUGGUGAAAUAGAACGAUGUUUACUUAAUAUUACAUCCAUCCCUGCUUGUGUUGUCAUGAAAUGGAACGAUGAUCAUCUAGUUGCUUAUGUUCAAAGUUCUGAUAUUAAUGAGCAGGUACUGCAUGAACAUUGUCAAUCUCAUCUUCCACCACAUAUGAUUCCAUCUUUCUUUACUAUUCUUGAUAAAUUACCUUUGAAUCAAAAUGGAAAAAUAGAUCGAAAAGUCCUUCCACCACCUGACUUCUCAUCAAUACAUCUCACUAACAGUACAGAACUAUUAUCACCAACAAAUGAUAUUGAAGUUAGUAUUCAUCAUAUUUGGUGUGAGAUAUUCAAACUAAAUCAAAUCUCAGCUGAUACAAAUAUAUUUACUAUUGGUGGUCAUUCAUUACUUAUUAUGCAACUUUUUCAUCGAUACAAGAUCGAGUUUCAUUUGGAAACAAAUACUCUUUCCAUUUCUAAUCUAUUUCAACAUCCAACAAUUGUUCAUCAUGCUCAACUCAUUCAACAAUCUAUCAAUACCGUCCACACUCUAGACGAUUAUCCUUGGUCUUCAUUACAUCUCAUUCAAGCUAGAGCAUCAUUCGCACAAGAACGAAUCUAUUUAGAUGAACAAAUUCGUUUUUCAUCUAACAAAACAACAAUGAAUAAUAUGUAUGUUAUUCCAUUACUCUAUCGUAUAGCAUCUAUGAAUGAUCAUGUAUCAAUUACUCGAUUACACCAUGCAUAUCAAAAUGUUAUCACAAAACAUAAUAUUCUUCGAACAGCACUUUAUCUUGAUGAUACAAAUGGUAAUAUUAUACAACACUGUUUAGAUGCAUAUACCGUUCUCGACGAUGAUAUGAAAUCAUAUGGGUUGUCAAUCGUUAAUGUUCAUAAUGAUGGUCAUCGUCAUAUGACUGAAACUAUCGAAGCAAUAUUAAAUCAGCCUGAUUUAUUCGAUUUAUCAAAAGGACGUGUUAUUCGUUGUCAUAUUCUACGUCAUUCUCAAUAUUCUCAAAGUAAUACUUUAUAUGAGAAUGAUGAUCUGUUGACUGGAAAUGAUCACAUAUUGAUUAGUAUUCAUCAUGCAACGUUUGAUGGAGCAUCAACAUCAAUCUUUCUUCGUGAUCUUUCUCUUGCUUAUCAAACCGAUGAGUCAUUAUCUGUAGAUGAUAACUUAUUGAAUUACACCGAUUAUUCUGUUCAUGAACAUAUCAUGGAUAUGUCAUUAUCUCGUGAAUUCUGGCAUUCUCAACUUGAAAGAUACAAUAUGGAAUGUUCAUUAUCAUUACCAGUUGAUCGACAACAUUCAUCAACUAAUCAACAACGAUCAGGUUUAGCAUCCAUAGCUGAAAUCACUUUUGAUAAUGAAAUAUGCACAUCAUUUCUCAACUAUGCAUCAUCACAUCAUCUCACAUAUUUUCAACUUGGAUUAUCCAUAUUUUAUGUCUUCCUAUUCAAAUUAACUCAUGGUGAGACUGAUCUAUGUAUUGGUUCUAUUAAUGCCAAUCGAUAUCGAAAUGAACUACAAAAUCUAAUUGGAAUGUUUAUUUCAACAUUGCCAUAUCGUAUUCAACUUGAUCCUCAUUUGUCAUUUGAUGAUCUUGUCAAAUAUGUACAAGAGAAAUGUUUAUCAAUUCUUGAACAUUCUCAUUAUCCUUUGCAACAUAUUCUUGAUGACAAUCGAUUUAAGCACUCGAAUGUAUCAUUUCUUGACAUAAUGCUUGAUUUUAUCACUGUGUCGAAAGAUGUCGAACAUUUAUGUUUCAGUGGUGCAAAUUUAGAACAAAUAUCAUUAGAACAAUCACUUGAAAUGUCUAAAUUUGACUUCUCACUAACAUUUGUAUACAACCCAUCAUCAGAUAAUAAUCAGUUGUGUUGUUCUUUUGUUUGUUCACGUGAUCUGUUUGAAAAAUCAACUAUUUCAGAAAUGGCUCAAAGAUUUCAAUAUGUGUUUGAGCAACUGUUUCAAAUACAAUCAAGUAACAUUCCUGAAAUGAAUGUGAGUUCAUCGAUUACCAAAGUCUCUCUUAUCCUUCCUGAAGAAGCUGAAGAAAUGGAUUUUGCCGUGUUUCAUCGAUUGGAGAAUAUUGUGAAUGAAGGUAUGAUUGUGUGCAGCUUGUUCUAUUGUAUUAUAAAAGCCGUAGUCAGUUAA